GGUUCACAGUUUAAUGAUACGCAUGCGUACAUUAGUUAUAUUAAUCGUGCAAUUUAAAAAAGUGAGAUUAUAUCUAUUACAAACAUAUUAUUUGCAGAAGUUAGAAAAAACAACAAACGAAAGAAAAGUGGGAAAUAUUUAUAUAAUUUUUUAAUUUAGUGUUAAUUUUAAUUUUAAUUUUCUUGAAAAAUGGAUGAUGAAGCUGAAACAUAUAAAUUAUGGCGAAUAAGGAAAACAGUAAUGCAAUUAUGUCAUGAUCGAGGUUAUUUGGUUACACAAGAUGAAUUGGAUCAAACUCUGGAACAAUUUAAAGAACAAUUUGGAGAUAAACCAAGUGAAAAAAGACCGGCACGUAGUGAUCUUAUAGUUUUAGUUGCUCAUAAUGAUGAUCCAACAGAUCAAUUGUUUGUAUUUUUUCCUGAUGAACCAAAAAUCGGUAUUAAAACCAUUAAAACUUAUUGUCAACGUAUGCAAGAAGAAAAAAUUCAUAGAGCUAUUAUUGUUGUACAGCAAGGGAUGACACCAUCUGCAAAACAAUCAUUGGUGGAUAUGGCACCAAAAUAUAUAUUAGAACAAUUUUUAGAAUCUGAAUUACUUAUUAAUAUUACAGAGCAUGAAUUAGUACCUGAACAUAUCGUACUUACACCAGAUGAGAAAGAGGAAUUACUUACUAGAUAUAAAUUAAAAGAGAAUCAAUUAAUGCGUAUACAAGCUGGUGAUCCAGUGGCACGUUAUUUUGGUUUAAAACGUGGACAAGUUGUAAAAAUUAUUAGGCCCUCUGAAACUGCUGGAAGAUAUAUUUCUUAUAGACUUGUGUGUUAAUAUUUUCAUAUUAAUACAAUUUAUUUCUAAUGUUGUAUUAUUUUAUAAGUAAAGAUUAGAUCAUAUAAUUUUUAUAAUUAUUAUAUAAAAUAAAGAAACUAUUAAAAAUUUAAAUAUUAAUUGAAAUAUUAAGAAAAAAAUAAAAGUCAUUUUUCACAUAAUAUUUUAUUAUAUUUGCAUUUUGUAACUACAUAAUUAAUAAGUAUCAAUUUAUACAUUAGGCAGUUAAUAAUGAUUGAUAUUAUAUUUGCAAUAAUACAUUUCUUUAUAAUAUUUUAAUUAGCUUAUUAAACAUAAAAAGUAGAUGUAAGCAGUGUAAUUUGAUUACACCUUUAACAAUAUAAUAAAUAAAAUAAAUUGGUAAAA